CUCAACUCAGGAAACUAUGAUGGUGUUUGUAGUUCUUGUAUUGUCUUAAGUUGGGGAUGGUAAAUGUCAGAUUAGAAAUCGAUUUUCUAUCUGUAAAUUGAAAAUGGCCGAAAGUAACGAAGAAGGUGAUGUUAUGGUAGUGAAUGUUUCAGGAACUUCAAGCACUGUUCUAAGUGCAACUUUUGGUUUUUCAGAGAGUAUAAGAUGGGACCCAACUAUGAGUGUUGACUGGGGGAAAGAAACCCCAUCACCCCAGUGUUUGAUGCGAAUAAAAAGAGAUAUGAUGUCUAUUUAUAAUGAGCCUCCUCCAGGAAUGUUUAUUGUACCUGAUGAGAGUGAUAUGACUUUGAUUCAUGCAUUACUGACAGGUUCCUUUGAUACUCCCUAUGAAGGUGGUUUCUUUUAUUUAUUAAUUCGAUGCCCUCCAGAUUAUCCCAUACGACCACCAAGGGUUAAAAUAAUGACCACUGGUGAGGGAAAAGUUAGAUUCAAUCCCAAUCUUUAUAAAAAUGGUAAAGUCUGCUUAAGUAUUUUAGGAACAUGGUCUGGCCCAUCCUGGAGCCCAGCUCAAAGUUUAUCAAGUGUCCUACUCUCUAUUCAAUCUCUUAUGAAUGAAAAGCCAUAUUUUAAUGAACCAGGUUUUGAAAAGGAAAGGAAUCCAGGAGACAGUGCACGGUAUAAUCAAAUUAUAAAACAUGAAACACUGCGUGUAGCUGUUUGCGAUAUGCUUGAAGGCAAUACUGGGGAUUCCAGAAAUUGUCCCCAACCACUCAGAGAUAUCAUGGAAAAAUCAUUUCCAGAAUUUUAUGAUUAUUAUGAAUCAUGUGCCAAGGCUAAUCUCCAUUUAACUAAACAACCAAUGAUGGAUCCAUUUGGUGAGAGGCGAGGCAAAUUCGAUUAUGCCUCUAUUCUGCAAAGAUUGCAUAAUAUCAAAGCUAAGCUGGAGAACAAGCGACCUUUUCCUGUUGAAGAAGCUGAAUCUCAGUCAGACAGUUCAGAUUCUUCUUGAGGACAGCAUUUCACCGCACAAGCAUUUAGUUUAUUUUGUGUUAUGUAAUGUGUCUUUGUACAUUGUCAUUGUUCAAAUAUAAAGAAAUUACUGUUUUAUAAGAACUAUGGAUUUUUCUUCAACUAUAAAAUGUUGUACCUCACUA